AUGUCACCGAACCACAAGACAUUGCCGACCUACUGUUCUACACCAAAACCCUCGACCAAAACCCUCGUCACAACAAUCCACGCCCAUCACGAGAGUGAAGAGAACCACCUCUUCCCAGCCCUGGUAAAGUACACUAAAAACCCCACCCUCAUGGCAGGAAACCUCUCUCAACACGCCACAUUCCACACGGGCCUAGAAACCCUCCACACCUACAGCACAACCACCCCUCCGACCUCCUACUCGUCCACCAUCCUCCGGUCAAUAAUCGACAGCUUCGCAACCGAGCUAUUCACCCAUCUGAACGAUGAAAUCGCCACCCUCCUCGCACUGCAGCAGUACGAAAGUGAAGGGCUGAAGGGACCAUGGUCAGAAAAUCAAAAACACGCCAAUGACACCGGGACCUUCGAUGAGAUGCUGCCCUUGGCGUUGGGAUGUGUAGAUAAGGGCUUUGAGGGGGGCAUCCAUAAGUUCCCUCCUGUACCCUGGUUUGUGCCGUAUGUUGUUAAUUAUUGGUUUGCGAGGAAACAUAGGGGGGCUUGGAGGUUUAAUCCUUGUGAUGCGUGGGGUAAUCCUAGGGAGUUGGCGUUUAGGGGUGAGGAGACCUGA